CGCUGUGGUUUGUUGUUGGCUCAUGGCAGAGACUUAAAAGUGGCCGCCACUCGCCACUAAAUGUCACUCGUUGAGUAGUGAACUACUCUAUUUUGGCCGUUUAGAUAGAAAAUAAUUUUGUUUUUCGAAUUUCAGUGCGACACGCUUACAAGAUGUCGUUAUCGAAAACAACAAAUACGUACAAUCGACAAAAUUGGGAAGAUUCCGAUUUUCCAAUUGUGUGUGAAACAUGUUUGGGGGACAGUCCAUAUUUACGAAUGACUAAGGAAAAAUAUGGUAAAGAAUGUGAAGUGUGUGCGAGGCCGUUCACAGUGUUUCGUUGGUGUCCAGGAGCGAGAAUGCGUUUUAAGAAAACUGAGAUUUGUCAAACGUGUGCACGUCUCAGAAACGCUUGUCAAACAUGUCUUUUGGAUCUCGAAUACGGAUUACCAUUACAAGUUCGCGACGCAGCUUUAAAAAUCAAAGAACAAAUUCCCAAAUCAGAUGUGAACAAAGAAUAUUUUGUUCAGAACAUGGAAGCCGAAUUGGCCAAAAUGGACGAAGCUGGUGGGAAAUGUCAAAACGCUAGCGACGUACUAGCGAAAAUGGCUCGUAAGGCACCAUACUAUGAACGUAACAGACCUCACAUUUGUUCAUUUUGGGUGAAAGGCGAAUGCCGAAGAGGUGAAGAAUGUCCAUAUCGACACGAAAGACCGACCGAUCCGGAAGAUCCUCUUUCGAACCAAAACUUCAAGGACAGAUACUACGGUGUCAAUGAUCCAGUGGCCGAAAAAAUGAUGAAUAGAGCCAAUGAAAUGCCGAAACUUGAGAAACCCGAGGACCAAACAAUUACGACGCUGUAUGUGGGAAAUCUAAACGAUAUCACAACAGAAAAAGAUUUGAGGGACGUAUUUUAUCAGUAUGGCGAAAUACGUAGUAUCACUCACGUGGCUCAUCAGAAUUGUGCUUUUAUUCAGUACACAACUCGAGCUGCAGCCGAAAUAGCCGCCGAGAGCACUUACGGUCGCUUGACUUUGGGAGGACAAAAAUUAAACGUCCGAUGGGGACACGCACAAGCGCGUAAGGACAAGGACGCCACUACUUCGGCCGCUGUGAAAGAAAACAAGAUGAAGCCAGCGCCGGGGCUGCCAGCACCGCUGCCGCCAUUACCUUCUGAACUGCAAAACAAUUUUUUCAACAUAGCGCCGCAACCAGUGACUGUUGUUCCUACCACACCGUUUAUCCCGGUCAUGCCUCCUUUACCUCAUCCUGGUAUGCAGUAUGGUAUGUCGUCCACGCCACUCUAUCCUCCUGGAACUAGCAAACAAUAAAAAUGGCUCGCGUUCAUUUUCAACCUCGGUCAUUUAAGUACCAUAAUAAUUUCUAUUCGACUAAAAUUGCAAUUAUAUAUUUAUGAAAUAUAACCAGAUUUUUUUUUUUUUUUACAACACUUGGUAUUUUUAUAAUUUUGAAAAUAUUACAAUUACAAUAGUUUAAAAAGAAUGUUUAACAUUAGAUGGAAUAAAUAUACAUUAUAUUCCUUUA